UCUAUCAAAUUCAAGGGUUGGGUUAGAUUAGGAAUUCAAAUUGGAGAAUCAUUUUUUUGUUUCGUUUUCAGGGUAGAGAUAUAUAUCUCCACCCACCCUCACCCACCAACAAACGAACAGAGAGCAUUUAGUGAAGAGCAUUAAGAGGAAAUGCCCAGGCCCCAGAACCAGCACGCAUUCUGUCAAGAUUACUAGUAGAAGAAUGUGGAAACCCUUCCAAUUCCCCCAUUUAUUUGAAUUUGAUAGAUAGACACAAUUCAUCUUGAAUAAUGCGCUGUUUUAUUAACAGUUCCAACCUCACCACAGGGCCACACCCACCAUUUUCGGGAGGCUUGGAUUGGGAAUGGAUGUUCCAGAAAUUUUGCUGGCCGGCCCCUUCCCUUUCCUUUUCUUUUCUCAUCUUUAACAAUCUUUUUUUUUUUCUUUUUUUUGGUUAAUUUCCCAGAAAUGCUUCUGUCCACUAUAAGAAAUAUGCACAUCCAACAGGGAUAAUGUUUAUGAAUCUUCCUAUUGAGGUAGUGGCAUUGCAUUCCUGCAAUUUCGGAAAGGUACGCUCCAUUUAACGAGACAUAUAGAUCUGGGGUAUCCCUAUUAUUAUCUAGUACUGUUUUGGACCACCAAAACUUUAUCACAGAGAACAUUAAGAGCUUAUUUGGUUGUCUCUUUUUUGUCUUUUCAUUACCCUUAACUUUUUUUUUUUUUAUCAGAAAAUGUUAAUUGUAUUGGGGGGGUGUUGUUUUGUGGCCCAUUCCUGAAAGGAGUCAGUUUACUGAACCCAUAUUUCUAAGUUUGUUUUGGUUUUGAAAUUAGAAAACGAUUUCUUAAAACCAUAAUCAAAGAUUCCCUUCAUCUUUCUUUUCUGCUGUUGUGUUUACUGAGCUUUUCUCCUCUUUUCUAGCUAAUCACGACGGAUGGGCUUGGGCCAGGGCGAGUUUCAGCCUUACAAGCGUCUUACCUACCUGAUUGGGCUUUCCUCUUGGGCCCAAAUUCAGGUUCAAUCUUGUCUGUUGCUCCGAGUAUUCAAGCCGUUUUUGGCUAAAUAUACCAUACCCACAGAGCUAAAAAAAUCUCAUCUUCAAUAUUAUCAUACUAUUUGAGUCUAUAAAUGGAUAAUGGGUGUCUCUCUCUGUGUUUGUGAGCUUAACAAUGAACAUCAUCGAUAUCAAACAACAAUUUAUGAUUAAAACAAAGUAAAAAAUCAAAUACCCUUAUUGAAAAAAAAUAAAAAAUUGAGUCUAAAUUUACAAAUAAAAUUAAAAGUUGAGAUCUUUUUGGUUGAUAAUUUACCAUAAAAGAUAGGUAUUCAGGAUUCAAAAUUUUAUUCAUUGUGUAAUAAUAAUAAUAGUAAUAAUAAUAAUAAUAAUGGGAAAUAGGAAGAGGCAGCUAAUUGCGGGAGAAGAGGGAAUCAUAAUAUGGAGAACCGUUGGAAUGGGAAAUUCGCGGGAAUGCCCAAAGCUUGAAGAAAUGGAAUGGAAGAAAAGAAGAGCGAUCCCAUCCAAUAUACCUACCUUCCAUUACCGCUAUUCCAAACCAACAAUCUCUCUCUCUCUCUCUCUCUCUCUGUUAGCCAAUCCCAUUCCCAAUCCCAAUCCCAAGCAAAGCAGAAAGCAGGGCAUUCUUCCUUUCUCUCUUCCACCCAUCGUGUCCGUGUUCGUGUUCGUUUUUGUCUUCAAUAGUAAAACCUCCAUAUCUUUCUCCCUAGCUACUAGUACCAGUACCACAACAUUGGCAUUGGCCUUAAGGUGAGGGAAUUCACCUUUGCAGCCAACAUUGGCAUUGGCAUUGGCAAUGGCCUCCUCGGCGGGACAGAUCGCAUCCACCCUCUCAUAUUCCUCCACCCACACCACCAGGGUACUCCUCAAGACCAUUUUGACCCCCGCCGGUGAAGAUGGGUCGGGCUGGCUUGGCCGCCGGGUGCUCGUUGGUGGCUGGGUUAAGUCCUUCAAAGAGGUCUUCGCCGAUGCGGAUGCCCCGAAGGAUGCAGUCCACCCUCCGCCGUCUCCUCAUGAUGAUGUUAGCUCACCUAGCUGCCUGGAAAUUCUGCAAUGCUUUCGAACAAUCGUCAAGGUCUUGGGUGGCGGUGUAUCCCACCCAGGUCCCCCCAAGUUGGAUUCUGUCAAUCAAGACCCGCCUCCGACACCUCCGCCACAGCCCUCAUCUUUAAUCUUGCAACUCAAUGAUGGUUCUUGUCUUGCAAGUCUUCAGGUUUUGGUGGACUCAUCUACUGCGUCUUCUUCAAAAAUCUUGCCUACUGGAACUUGCAUAUUAGUUCAAGGAACGUUGCAGAAGCUUGCAUCAGGACAGAGAAGAGAUGCUGUUGAGCUCAAAGCAGAUGGAAUUCUUCAUGUUGGAACGGUAGACCAAGAUUACAACUCCAUCAAUAAGCGAAUAAAGGAUAUUCCCCACCUUCGUCCAAGAACUAAUACGAUGGGAUCUGUUGCACGAAUCCGCGAUGCUCUGAAUCAAGCAACUCAUAGCUUCUUCAUGGACAAGGAAUUCCUGUAUGUUCAAGUGCCCGUGAUCACAAGCAUAGAUUCCGAAGGAUUUACUGAGAAAUUCCAUGUUACCACUCUUCUUGGCAGCAAAAGAGCAAAGGAGGAUGCGGCAUUAACCAAAGAUGAUUCUAACCCUAUUGGCCAGGGGACUGUCAAGGCUUCUUUUAACAAAGUAGGUAAAAAGCUGGAAGAACACAAAGGAAUGGAUAAAAGUGUAAAAAUGGACCCAGAAGAAAUACCCAAGCCAGCAACCUCCUCGGACUUAUCUGGAGAUUUCUUUUCUUGCCAAACUUAUCUCACGGUUUCUGGCCGCCUCCAUCUUGAGAUCUAUGCAUGUUCUCUUGGAAAUGUUUAUUCAUUUGGGCCAAGGUUUCGAGCACAAACAUCAGAAUCAAAACAACAUGCACCCGAGAUGUGGAUGGUUGAGGUGGAAAUGGGUUUCUCACAGUUAGAGGAUGCCAUGAUCUGUGCGUGUGACCUUUUGAAUUCUGUUAGCAAAUGGGCUCUUGAAAAUUGUUCUGACGAUCUGAAAUUUCUCGCGACUCGUACUAAAACAAUUAUGGAUCGCCUUCAGUCAAUGACAUCAAGCCCAUUUCAAAGGAUCUCCUAUGAAGAAGCAGUGGCUGCUUUAAAGCAGGUAAAAGACAAGAAAUUCAAAGCUAAUAUUGAGUUUGGCAUGCCCCUAACUACAGAACAGGAAAGUUAUCUGGCUGAUGAAAUCUACAAAAAGCCUGUUGUUAUACACACGUAUUGUAAAGAUGCAAAGCCAUUCUAUGUGCGCCUGAAUGAUGAUGAACAAACUGUCGCAGCAUUUGACAUAGUCAUACCAAAGGCUGGAACACUGAUCAGAGGUAGCCAAAAUGAGGAACGCUUCGAUGUGCUAAAUAAGAGGAUUAAGGAAUUAGGCCUGCCAGAUAAGCAGUACGACUGGUACUUAGAUCUACAAAGGAACGGAACAGUCAGUCACUCUGGGUUUUGUCUUAUGUUUGAUCUUCUGGUUGCCUGUGUCACUGGCUUCAAUGAUGUCAAGGAUGUUGUUGAACUGAAGAUACCCGAGAUAUCUUGUCCAUAUUCUCGGACGGGAUAUCCUCACUGGAUUGGUCUUACUUAAUAUAGAUGUAUGGUAUAUCUUCUAGAAGAAUAUAUGACUCUGAUUGUAUCCUAAAUUGUAUAGAUUUCCAAAUCUAGAUUUGGAAACUGCCUAUUGUGAUAGGCUGACUUGUAUAUAAUUUCAGAAAACCCUU